GUGUUCCUAGCAGUCAGAAGUCGCAUCAGGACGGGGAGCUGCAGUGCAGACAUACGUUCACUGGCAAACAUAUCGAUGGAAUUCUCGGUAAGAUCAUACAAAUGUCGAAUCUAGAACACGUUCCGCAGUGUAGAUCACGGGAGAAAGAAUGGAACUUUAAUAUCAUGGAUUUCAUAGCAUGCCUCUACAGUCACCUCGACGAGUAUAACGAAGUAUGUCAUCUAUCAACGUUAUUCUCCAAAAGGCAUCCGUGCAGUAUAUACGAAAUACUCUGCUGGUUUUCAGGGCUCCCUCAUAGUACCGUAUAUUCAGCGUUACCUGGCGGCAUCACCAAGCUGCUUGAUAAACCUAAGAAUCAACCGAUAGAUAGCGGUGACUCGGGACUUGAGAUCGAAUUCGUCAACCAGAAAGAGUUCUAUCUGGACGCAUACCCAACCAGGUUCACCUAUGAGAACAUCGAAGCGGUGCUAACGCUAAUUUGUUCCAAAUCAUACGACGUGUUGGCUAGAAUCGCCGGCACAGGUGAUGAGCACACCAGGUACGCCUGCGAAUACGCCAACAAUUCCCUCAAGCUGCAUUACCCUAAGACGGCGGACGAUUGCCUGUCAAUGUUACUUGACAUGUUACGUAGAUUGCUCUCCGUGUUCCGAUUCCUCGAAUCCAAGUGUAGUUAUUCGGCCGUGGAGUUCGGUUGGGCGGACUGCCAGUACGGUAAAAAUGUGCCUACGACCAAAUCGCAUUGUAACGACAGAUCAACGGAUGAAGCAACGUGCCAGGCAGAGUGUAAACCAAAGCGCCAGUCAAAGUGCCAACCAAAUUGCCAGCCAACUUCUCCAUUGAUGAGUUACCUAAAUGACUGUUUGCCGGGUCACUUGCCUCAUCAACUCACGAAUGUCGGCUGCAAACCUGAAUGCAAAACGUGCCCCGGUAAUAAGCCUGGAAUGCCCUGCUUAACCCCCAUUGGAUUCAGAGGCUUCUCAGGGUCAAUUAAAACGGGUGCACAAUUAUGUAGCAUUAUUAAAAAGAUAUUAGGCAACGGUAUGAUUGCGUGUCUAUUCACCCUCGCACCCAGGCCUCCAACUAACUUGCCGGAGCACUUCCAGUUUGCAGUGUCACUUGCCAAGGGACUUAGUGCUUCAAAGCAGAGUAAGGUUGACGGCAUUAAAACAUUGGCAGACACCAUCGCAGAUUCGAUUACCGAUCGCUCCAUCAAGCUUUAUGAAGAUACUGCUGAACUCGUCGAUCCUAUUUGUGAAGCUUAUGGUAAUAAAGGGAUAGAGCAUCGCAAGCAGAAGCCUGAUGCAAAACGUAACCUAUCGUGCAUUUCACUAACCAGUGCGUGUAUCAAUGAGGAGCAUUGCGUUCCUUACCUAUCCCCCCUAAGCUGCGACACUUAUCAUUACCUUGUCAACAAGCAAUCGAACUCGUACCUGUCAUGGGCAGUUUACUUGCCGUGGACAUUCCAUAAAUAUCUUGCAAGUCUACUCGACGCGUUUAAGGCUAUAAGAUGUGAAGACUGGGGAUGCAGUAACUGCUUGCAUACCGAUAUAUGCAAGGGAGAGAGUCAUGGUAUGCUUAAUCCAGCGGAGAAAGGAACGGGUUGCCAAUGUACUUCCGUUGUACAUUGCAACGGCGUAUCUCCAACGUUAUACCAAUAUGGGUUCACAUUCAGGGAUGCGCAGAAUUUGAUAUCGUUAAAAAGAAACUGCUUCAAUAUGCGAAGUCACCUGUACAAUGUUGUUAAUUCCGACUAUUUCACUGAACUAUUUAAGCAAUGCGACAUGUUACUGUGGAGAAUCCGUGAACCCUUCUCCUACCUUGUCCUCACCCUCUGGCUCCUUUCCCUCCUCUACCUGCUCCACAUCAUGGUCAUCCGCCUAGACCUGCUCCACAUCAAAUCGCAUUUGCAUAGUCCCUCAUCGCAUCGCAUCGCUGCUCAAUCACUACUCGCCGCAGCACGUGUUAACAAACUUAACAGGGUGUUUUACCUGCAACCAUAA